UCACAACAAAAGUCGCCUCAAGGCCCAAGUCCACACACAAAUCAUUUUUACACAUACAAAUCCUGAUUUACAAGUACAAAAUAUUUAUGACCACAAUUUGAGCCCAUAUAGUUCAGUCCCAGUUCAGUUACCUGCAUUUCACUGGCUUCUUUCUUCUGUUGCAGUUUUAGGACAAAUAAAACAGUGAAGAUGAACGUGCUGCCCUGCACGAUCCUCUCCUUCCUGCUGUCAGCUGGAGCCUCUCUGGCUCAGUCGGAUGAGGAAAUGCUGACUGGCAUCGUUAAAACAAUCAGAAGACAAUACAGCAUAGCUGGACAGUUCUGUCUGGCUGCAGUUAUCCCACCAAAUCUGAACACUCUUUACCAGGUUUUUCAGUAUAACUCCUUUAAGGAUGUUCAGGAAACGAUUGGGGAAAGAGACUCACCCAAUAACAAUCGUGGAGUGUAUGUAGGCUAUGGAGUGAUUGUGGCCAGACCAACAUUAAGUGCAGACGGACGAAGUGGACAACAUGCAGAACGUCGUGUUCUGCAAACUCUGAGAGAGCUGGUGGAAAAUCCAAAUGAAUUCCCAAAAAGCCAGGGAAACUCACUUCUCAUCUACUCUUUUGCCUCCGCCUGUGAUACAUGCACCAGCCGCGACCAUCCGUCAAGCAUCAUCAGGGACCUCCAACGUAUCGUUCAAACCUACAAGACUUCUGUAUUUGUGUUUAAAAAAAUCUUUCAGCCCCGAGGUAAUAUUGUUUUUACUGAAAAUGAUUUGACCAAUUCCCUUUAUUCUCUUGAUGAGGCCAUCGGUGGGCUGGCUAACAUCUUUCGCUGUGACCCUACCUGUUACAGAUGCAUUGACAGGCAAACAAACGCAGUUUCACGAUAUUGUAUUGCUAACGACGCUUAGCCUUCACAGUGAGGAAGCAGCACCACAGUCAGACACAGACAUGACUCUUAUUAUUAACAGUUUGUUGUCAUUUAGUCUCAGGUGAGUGAACCGCAGGACUAACAGCUCUCAGUCUCCAUAAAGGAAGCUUUGUACAGGAUCACAGAUGACAUCAGAGAUGACAUCACACUGUGUUGGUGAAGCUUGCUGUGUGUUUUCAGACACCUGCACCUCACUCAGAACCCCAACACCCGCUGUUCCUCCACCUGUUUCCCUCUACCUCAUUUACUGUCUGAAGAUGUCCAAAAGUCUUUGUAAAAGCAGACUGUAACUCAGUGAUGGCAUUCGUGAAUCAUGUGACUGCCUGAAUAGAAGGUGUUUGUGACCCCUCAGUGUUCUGUGUCCUUCCAAUAAGGCUCAGCAUCCAGCCUGCUGCACAUGUCUUUUAUUCUGAAGGAGGGUUUCGCACGUUCAGCUUCCUCUUUAUGAAACCCAGUGACUCUGAGCUCUUAUUCUCUAAAUCAGUGUUUCCCAACCACUGUGCCGUGGAAGAUUAUCUGGUUCUACCUGAUUAAUACUCUAAGCCAGGGGUGUCCAAACUCCGGCCCGCGGGCCGCAGUUGGCCAUUUUUAAUUGGCACGCAAGUAAUUUUAUAAAUAGAAUAGAAAAUGGCCCGCACUUCAAAUUUUGCUUGAGUGUAUUGCACUAAUUAGUUUUAGCACCAGGGGGCGCUGCUGUUGAUCAAGGCAGUUGUUCCACCAAAAAGGACAAUCACAGAAGAAAUUUACCCCAAGUUACUAAACAUGUCAGAACCAAAGAAGCGAA